CCUCGCCCUCUGCUCUUUUCCUGCCGCGCAGCUUCGGUUCUCCGGCCCCUUUUUUCCCCGCUCUUUGCGUCUCCAGCCACCAUGAGCCGGAUCUCUUUCCGAUCAUCCACCGGAGGGGGCAUGAGGGGCUUCAGCUCGGGCUCUGCCAUCGUGGGAGGCGGUGGCGGGGGCACCAGGAGCAGCUUCAGCUCCGUCUCCGUCUCCAGAGUCGGGGGAGGAAGAGCCGGGGGCGGAGGAGGCUUCGGAGCCGGCGGUGGCUUCGGCAGCAGGAGCCUCUACAACCUGGGUGGAAGCAAAAGGAUCUCCUACGGCUCCGUUGGCGGGGGUCUCCGGAGCGGAGCCGGCGGCGGAUUCGGCUUCGGCGGCGGCUCCGGCUUCGGGCUGGGCUUUGGUGGUGGUGGAGCCGCUUUUGGCUUAGGAGGAGCCGGUGCCGGUGGCGGUUACGGGCUGGGAAGCGGAUUCGGGCUGGGAGGUCCCGGAUUCGGCGGCCGAGGCGGCCCCGGGUUCCCCGUGUGCCCCCCCGGCGGCAUCCACGAGGUGACGGUGAACCAGAGCCUGCUGGCCCCCCUGAAGCUCGACAUCGACCCCGAGAUCCAGAAGGUGCGGACGCAGGAGCGGGAGCAGAUCAAGACCCUCAACAACAAAUUCGCCUCCUUCAUCGACAAGGUUCGCUUUCUGGAGCAGCAGAACAAGGUGCUGGAGACCAAGUGGACCCUCCUGCAGGAGCAGGGGCACACGGUCACCAGGAAGUCCCUGGAGCCCCUGUUCGAAGCCUACAUCAACAACCUGCGCCGGCAGCUCGACAGCCUGAUGGGCGAGCGGGGCCGCCUGGACUCCGAGCUCAGGAACAUGCAGGACAUGGUGGAGGACUUCAAGAACAAGUAAGGGAUC